CCGCGGCGGACUGCUUGCUCUGUGUACUCUUCUAAACCGUCACCACCUAGCCGUAGGUUGUCAUUGGGCUGGGUAGUGUGUAACAUUCCACCCGCUCACUUUUCCGUGCUUUGGAUGAGGGAGGAAGUCUCUGUCCUCGAGUUGGACCUUUCGUGGAAUUUUGGGUGCAUCUAAAGACCCACCUCUCUUGACUGUCCACCUCGGGUCAUUACCAUCAAGAUGGCAGGAAAGAUCUCCAAAGAUGAGCUGGAGGAACUGAGAGAGGCAUUUAACAAAAUUGACCUUGAUGGCAAUGGCUCAAUCUGUGACUACGAGCUCCAUGAACUGUUUAAGGAGGCCAACCUUCCACUGCCUGGUUAUAAAGUCAGAGAGAUAAUUCAGAAGCUGGAUCGCAACAAGGACAACAAGAUCAGCUUUGACGAGUUUUUGUCGAUCUUCCACGAGUUGAGAAGCAGUGACAUUGCCAAAAGCUUCCGGAAGGCCAUUAAUAGGAAGGAGGGUAUCCUGGCCAUCGGGGGGACGUCUACGCAGUCGAGCGAGGGCACACAACACUCCUUCUCUGAGGAGGAGCGGUACGCCUUUGUCAACUGGAUCAACACAGCCCUUGAGAAUGACCCUGACUGCAAGCACGCAUUGCCCAUGGACCCCAACUCCGACUCCCUCUUCAAGGCCAUGGGCGACGGUAUUGUUCUCUGUAAAAUGAUCAACCUGUCAGUGCCAGACACAAUUGAUGAGAGGACCAUAAACAAGAAAAAGCUGACGCCUUUCACAAUACAGGAGAAUCUGAACCUGGCUCUGAACUCGGCCUCUGCCAUUGGCUGCCAUGUGGUGAACAUUGGAGCCUUGGACCUGAGGGAUGGGAAGCCCCACCUGGUGCUGGGCCUGCUUUGGCAGAUCAUCAAGAUUGGCCUCUUCGCUGACAUCGAGCUCAGCAGGAACGAAGCCCUGGCUGCGCUGCUGAGGGAUGGGGAGACCCUGGAGGACCUGAUGAAGUUGUCUCCAGAGGAGCUGCUGUUGCGUUGGGCAAACUUUCACCUCGAAAAUGCUGGCUGGCAGAAGAUCAAUAACUUCAGCUCCGACAUUAAGGACUCCAGAGCCUAUUUCCACCUGCUCAACCAAAUCUCCCCCAAAGGCACACAGGAAGACCAGCCACGAAUAGACAUCAGCAUGGCAGGCUUUAGUGAGAAGGAUGACCUAAAAAGGGCAGAGAACAUGCUUCAGCAGGCUGACCGGCUGGGCUGUCGACAGUUUGUCACCCCAGCUGAUGUUGUCGCUGGCAACCCCAAACUCAACCUAGCCUUCGUGGCCAAUCUCUUCAACAAGUACCCAUCUCUCACCAAACCUGAGGGAGAGGACAUCGACUGGGGGCUGCUGGAAGGUGAGACACGAGAAGAGAGAACGUUCCGGAACUGGAUGAAUUCCUUGGGCGUAAACCCACAUGUCAAUCAUCUGUAUGGAGACCUAGCAGACGCCUUGGUCAUCCUCCAGCUCUAUGAAAAGAUUAAAGUACCUGUUGAUUGGACCAACAAAGUCAAUAAGCCACCGUAUCCCAAGAUUGGGACCAACAUGAAAAAGUUGGAGAACUGCAACUAUGCAGUGGAGCUGGGGAAGACAACUGCCAAGUUCUCCUUGGUUGGCAUCGGUGGGCAGGACCUGAACGAUGGCAACUCCACCCUGACACUGGCCCUGGUGUGGCAGCUGAUGAGGAGAUAUACAUUGAAUGUACUGGAGGACUUGGGAGAUGGACAGAAGGCUAAUGAUGACAUAAUUGUCAAAUGGGUCAAUACAACCUUGUCAGAGGCAGGAAAAACAACCAAGAUCUCAAGCUUCAAGGACAAGGAAAUCAGCACCAGUUUAGCAGUGGUGGACCUGAUUGAUGCCAUCCAACCAGGCAGCAUCAGCUAUGAACUGGUCAAGACUGGCAGCCUCUCAGCUGAAGACAAGCUAGAGAACGCCAAAUAUGCUGUCUCUAUGGCGAGGAAGAUCGGAGCUCGUGUGUAUGCUCUUCCAGAUGACCUGGUGGAGGUCAAGCCCAAGAUGGUGAUGACUGUGUUUGCGUGCUUGAUGGGCCGGGGGAUGAAGAGGGCUUAACAGGCUUGAUAUGCCACUUGGCAUUGCCACACAACUUCCCACAUGAUAUUUGCGUGAUGAAGGGCCACCCGGGAAUGAAGAAAGGCGUGUGGAAGAAAAUAAUGUUACCAAAAGACAUUAAGACCCUUUGCAAUCAAAACCUAAUGUUUUGUGUGUUGGUUUUUAACCACAUUUUGAGCGACAGAAUAUUAUGCAGUCUUAUAUAAGGUAAGCCCAUGACAAAAAGUUACUGAUGAAUAAUGUUACAGAGGACAUCUCAGUAUGUUAAUUUUCAAUAUUCAACACUAUCUCAAUACAUGUGUCAGAAUUGUAUGGUAUGUUUAUUUUUCUUUGAGUAUUUGUACCUGACUCGAUUGUUACAACUACAGUAUCUUGUUGAUGUUUACACUACAACACAUUCAUAACAUCUG